AUAUUUUUGCUAUAAUUGCAAAAUAUAAAUAUUUUGCUAUAGCAAAGAAAAUUAUAAGCAAUAUUUCUUGCUGUAGAACGGUCGCGGAUUAAUGACGCCAUCAAGCCGACACCGUUAGCACGUUGAGGUGCACGUUUCUGUUUUGAUCCAGGAGCAGAGUAUAAUGAUGAUAGCUUGAAAACCUGAAAUAUAUUAUUGUUAUUGUUGAUACAUGAGUUUUCAUUACUGCGUUUUCCUAGAACUUUUUUUAAGCUCUGUUUAGUUUGGACCUUAACAGAACCUUAAGUUUAGUAAAGUAGAAUCCUGCGAUGAGGAUCAUGAAGAAACCAAACAUCCUCCUCACAGGAACCCCGGGCGUAGGGAAGACGACACUUGGGAAGGAACUGGCUGAGAGGACCGGACUGACGUACAUCAACGUUGGAGAUCUGGCCAAGGACGGUCAGCUGUUUGAUGGCUUCGAUGAUGAAUACCAGUGCCCUAUUCUGGAUGAAGACAGGGUUGUGGAUGAACUGGAGGACAAGAUGAUGGACGGAGGUGUGAUUGUAGACUACCACGGCUGCGACUUCUUCCCAGAGCGCUGGUUUCAAAUCGUGUUUGUUCUUCGAACGGAUAACACCAACCUCUAUAAUCGGCUCGAGAGCAGGGGAUACACAGGCAAGAAGCUUCAGGACAACGUUCAGUGCGAGAUCUUCCAGACCAUUUACGAGGAGGCCAUGGAGGCAUAUAAAGAGGAGAUCGUGCACCAGCUGUCCAGCAAUGACCCUGAUGACCUGGAGAGGAACCUGGAGCAGAUAACACAGUGGAUCGGGCAGUGGAUGAAGGACAAUAACUGACGCAUAAACACUUAUCAUCGCACACUUACACACACACACACACACACACACACACACUCUGAUGGGACACACAUGCACCUUCAUGCACUAAUACACAAUGAUUACAAAAGAUUGUUAUGUUUCUCAGAGCUCUCAUACACCCAAAACAACUCAUGCAAAGAGGAGGAGACUAAUCAAAAUGAACCAUUCUGUAGUGAGACACAGUACACUCUUAGAGGAAAACAAAAUGGCUUUUCAAAGUAUACAUGAGGGUUCUUGUCUUAGAAAAACACUGUUGUAUGGUUCUAUAUAGAAACUUCAUGGCUUCCCUGCUUGAAAGACUUGCUGAGGAACUUAAUAGUGUGUACUGAAUAUAACCGGAAAUUUUACAAAUUUAUCCAUGAAAUAAAUCAAUUCCAAGAAAAACAAUUACAAAGUGUGUAUCCUGCAAUAUUAUAAUUAACAGGGUCCAACCGCCUGUUCGGAGACAUUUUGAAUUGAAAUGGUGUGACAUUAAUACCUUUUUCCUCCCUUAUUUUGUUAUGAAUUAGUUAGUUAUGUUUGAUAGAUGCUUUGUGAAUGUGUUCUUUAACCCUCGUGUUAACAUUAUUUACUUAAAAUGGAACCAUAAUGAAAUGUAUUUUUUCCUACGUGGAACUGUAUGUGAAAGGUUCAUUUCUUCCAUUGUACAUUGAAAAAGUACACAUUGAUUUUUUCACGCAUCUGCUAAACCCACACUGUAUUUUUAGAGAUUGCAUAAAGUGCUGAAAUAGACAGACUCUGACAGCUUUUUACAAAAAAAACCCCAAAAUUGCCCUGUUACCUCGUACCUGAUUACACCUCCAGAAGUGCGAGAGGUGGUUUUGUGUAUCUUGACUGUAUUCAGUGGUGAUCAUUGCAAAUAUUGUUUUCUGUCUCAGCUUCCCAAAGUCAAUAUGACACAUAGCGAAUGGAAAGCAAGGGCUCCCCAAGCCAUUUCCCGUUCAUCUAAGGCUCUCCAUCACAUACCUGCUGCCUUACUGGCUUAGGAGGUGAAUCCACAAAAUGGCUCCAUGUUGCCGUUUUGGCUGAGCCCGACUGGGCUUACGCGGGUGGCCCAGUCACCAGAUGCGUUCCCUGUAUCCCUAAUCUGUGUUUAGAGCUGUCAACCAUCUAAGACUAUGAGUAUGAAACUCCUGAUGUACUGUACACAAGACCCUUCACCAUGAGCAGGUCUCAACCCAUGAAUGAUCAGCACACGGGUUAUUUUAAAAAGUUUAGCAAAGUCUAAUGUUUCUGGAAACGAUGUGCAGUUUUGACAUGAGAAUUAAAAUAGCUUUAUCUUAUUUAUCC